AUGAAGAUCGCAUCUCUCCUGGGCCUGGCAUCCCUGCCCUCAACGCUGGCCCUCGGCAUCCCCAGUCAUCAACAAGUCUUUUCUUCACCGGAAUGGUUCCGUCCCAUCUCCAACCCCCGAGAAUCCUGCCCGCAAGCACCACCCGUCACCAUCCCCAAUGACGGGCUGCACUCAUCGCUGCGUUUCUUGUCGGACGAGGCCUUUCGCGCCCGUCAGGCGGACCGGCUCUCGCGCGCCGUGCAGAUCCCUACUACGGUCAGCGACUACAUGAAGGAUCCGUAUGACGAGGCGUUUGAGCCGGUGGUUCGGUUCCAGGCUUUUCUGGAGAAGACCUUUCCUCUCGUCCACACCCACGCCAAGGUCGAACACAUCAACCGUCUCGGCCUGGUCUUCACACUGCCAGGAACCAACACCACACGCAAGCCAAUCCUGUUCAUGGCACACCAGGAUGUAGUCCCCAUCGACGACCCAGCCGACUGGACACACCCGCCGUUCGCGGGUGUCUUCGACGGAGACUGGAUCUGGGGCCGCGGCGCCAGCGACUGCAAGAACGUGUUGAUUGGGCUGCUGUCAGCGGUCGAAGGCCUACUGGCACAGGACUGGCGUGCACAGCGCACAGUGGUGCUGGCGUUUGGGUUCGACGAGGAGUCGCACGGGUUCCUGGGUGCGGGGACGAUUGCGCCGGCUCUACUGGAGAGGUAUGGCGAGGAUGCGUUUGAGUUUAUUCUCGACGAGGGGGGUUUGGGACUCCAGAGUCUGGGUGGCAGCAACAACAACGAGAACGACAACGACAACGACGAUGAAAAUGAAGUGCUAUACGCCCUCCCCGCCGUCGGCGAAAAGGGCAGUCUAGAUCUCGUCCUCGACCUAGCAGUCCCCGGCGGCCACAGCUCAAUCCCGCCCGCCCACACAGGGAUCGGGAUAAUGGCCGAGAUCCUGUACGAGCUGGAACGACAGGAACUCUUCACCCCCUGGCUGGACACGUCCCACCCCGCGCACGGGAUGUUCGAAUGCCAGGCCCGGUAUUCGCCCGCGCACGUCGAGCCCUGGCUAGCAGAGAAACUGGCGGCGAACGACCCAGCCGCACUGGCCGACGCCGUCGCCAUCUCGCGCGGCCCCAUCAUCCGCCACACACUGCAGACGUCACAGGCGGCGGAUCUGAUCCGCGGCGGCGUCAAGACGAAUGCAUUGCCGGAGAAGAUCUCAGCGGUGGUGAACUACCGCGUGGCGCUGCAUCAGAGUCCCGACGAGGUGCGCGAGCGUGCGGAGCGGAUUAUUCGGCCGGUUGCUGAACGACAUAAUAUCACGCUUCAUGUUGCUUUUCCCGGGGUUUCUGGUGCAACGGAUGAUAAGAAUGAUCUUAAGAGUGAGGAGGGGGAGAGUCGCUCACUCACCCUCUCUCCUCUGAGUGCCCCUCUCGUCCCAGCGCCGAUUUCACCCACAGACCCGUUAUCUUCGAAGACAUGGGCCCGAUUUGCAGGGGUAGCGCGGAGUGUGUUUGAAUCGCAUCCGAAUCCUCUUUCUGCAGAUUCAUCUAUGUCUGGAUCUGGGUCUGAGUCUGCGAAGAAACCCACAGUCGUUGUCACAGGCGACAUCAUGACCGGCAACACCGACACACGCUUCUACUGGCCGCUCUCGAAAAAUAUCUACCGGUGGAGCCCGGCGCGCGUCGGCGCAUCGCUUAAUAUUCACACGGUAGACGAGCGGGUUCGAUUGGAUGUGCAUUUGGAGGGGGUGAUGGUUUAUUAUGAUCUGAUCCGCUCGUUUGAUGGCUGGGAUGAGAGUGUGGAGUAG